GGAAUAUAUUAUCAAAUUCUACUAGUAUUUCAAUUUCCUUUCAAACUCUCCGUUAGUUAUUUUAACAGAAUAGACUUACCACUAACUUCAGGAUAUUAACCAAAGGAUGUCUGUCGUUCCUCGUCUUAUGACGCUCGCUGACCUUAGCGGUCCUCAAAUCAACCGACUUGUUAACCAUGCUCAUCACUUGAAACAUCUUUCUGUUCCCUGGCUGGCUCCACAGCACGCGACCAAGAAAAAGAGCAAUCUUCGCAUGCCCUCUCAGUCCCUUUUCAACAAGUCCAUUGCCCUUCUGUUUUCAAAACGCAGCACACGCACUCGUCUUGCGGCGGAGACCGCUGCUGUUCUUUUGGGUGGGCGCGCCCUUUUCCUGGGUUCUAGCGAUAUCCAAUUCGGCGUGAACGAAUCUCCUCGUGACUCCGCGCGAGUCAUCGGGGGUAUGUGCCAAGGCAUAUUCGCACGCGUCGGUGCCCAUGAAGAGAUUGAGGAGCUCGCAAAGUACUCUCCAGUACCUGUGCUCAAUGCUUUAUCAUCAUUUUGGCAUCCAACACAAGUUCUUGCAGACCUCUUGACCCUCCACGAGCAUGCUCACCUCUUCUCAGCUGACACACCAGCCCCCUCUCCCACAAAACCUCUUCCUCCCCUACGACCUCUCACGAUUGCAUACGUCGGUGACUCUGCAAACGUCCUCCACGACAUGCUCGUCACCUACCCCCGUCUGGGUCACGAGCUUCGCGUCGCAACACCUCCACAACCACAAUAUAACCCUCCCAAGCCCGUCUGGGAUCGUGUUGUCGAGCUUGGAUGCGACAAGCACAUCGUUUGGAGCAGCGAUCCCCGGGAAGCUGUGAAAGGUGCGGAUGUCGUAGUAACUGAUACUUGGAUUUCAAUGGGCCAAGAAGCUGAGAAGGCACAGCGUUUGAAGGACUUUGCUGGCUACCAGGUUACAGAAGCUCUCUGUCGCGAAGGCGGUGCGAAUCCGGAUUGGAAGUUCCUCCACUGCCUCCCACGAAAGCAGGAUGAGGUAGACGACGAGGUAUUCUAUGGCUCUCGGUCUCUUGCCUUCCCAGAAGCAGACAACCGUAAGUGGACCAUCAUGGCCGCGUUUGAUCUUCUGUUUGGCAAGUGGGACAUUACAGGGGAAAAGACCUCGAAAGGCGUUGAGUAAAAAGACAGCCUCCUCGUAUGCUUUCGAGUGGUUAAAACAUUGCAAUUGCGGAUAUGUAUCAUAGGUAAAGUGCUCCCUGGAGUACUUACGGGACAUUCGGAGCGAUAUGAUACAGUCAUUUCUCGACCGAUUUCACUGAGUCGACCUCACGGUUAUGAGUGUGCAGUGAUGAUUGUUGAAGUAGAGUUGAGACCUUGUAAAAUGUCCCGGUUACCCGAACUUAGCCAGCUGGGGCCAGCGGAGUACCUGAACAGGUGAAGCCGGCUGAGCCGUAAUUCCACGUCACGUCACGGGAUGG